AUGGCAUCGAACUGCGAACGUCGACUCCCAACGACUGAUAUACUUCCAAAAGUCUCAAUUGCUGACGAGCAACGGAACCCCCACUUGGCCACGCUUGGAGUUGCCGCACUGGGGGCUUUGGGGCAGUCACCGUCGCACCUGCUGACACUGAGAUCAAACUACGACUGCAUCAAGCAAGGGCAGGCGGCUCAACUUGGUCUCCAUUACCGAACAGAUCUCACGGCAGCAGCAAAUUCGACGCGCAACUCUCACAAGAGAGCUGAAAAGAACCGUAGAGAUCGUCUAGCGCUCGCAAUGCAAGAGCUUGUCAUGCUACUUCCACAAAAGCCCUCGACCUCGGGCUCGUCGGGCAAUCAACGUGGUGGCAAAGCCGAGACCGUCGAGAUCGCCGUGCAAUACAUCAAACAGUUACAGGAAGAAGUCAAUGCCUUGAAGCGCCUUACUCUGUCACCUUCCGUAUCAAAGACGUGUCUUCAUGAGAACACCACCGCACAAGAUCAAUAA